AUGUGCUUGCUGAAGGUGGCGAACCAGAGGAGCUCAGGCGGUCAAUACGACAGGUUCGAAUCUUCAAACGACGACGACCAUGGCGAAGAAGCCUACACAUACGAAGAACAGCCACAAGCUGCUGCUGGAAAUAUUGAUCAUGAAUCAAUGAACCAAUUACCUCACCAGAACGUUUCGCCGACAAUGUUUUUGGGGUACAGUCGGCCAACGGAGAUGUCGGCAAUGGUAUCUGCUUUAACUCAUGUCGUUUCUGGACAGAGAGGCAGUGACAGCUGGGGACAUAUUGGAGGCGGUGGAGUUACGUCUAGUUUUGGCCAACUUUAUUCUUCUUCUUCUUGUGCUUCUCCUUCUGCUUCUCCUUUGUCAGCUUUUUCAUCUACUUCUGGUCCCUCUCCCUCUGGUUCUCAUAAUUGGGUUGGCCAAAAACGAGGGCGUGAAGAAGAUUUAGCUGCUGCUGCUGCUGCUGCUCAGGCCCAAUUCAUGGAAUCUGCUAACAGAGUUUACAGAGGAAGCUAUGGUGAUUUCAGAGCAACAACACAAGCUGAGUCUUCAUCUGGUGCAACAGUGACAGAAGAAGCUACGAAUGCUGUCACCACCACGACCACUGCCUCCGCCGCCACUGCAGCUUCUGCCGUACCAUCCGCACCAUCAAGUUCAGAAACUGUUUCAUUUGAAGAACCCGGAGAGAGGAGGAGGAGAUACAGGGGAGUGAGACAACGGCCAUGGGGCAAAUGGGCAGCUGAGAUACGUGAUCCACACAAGGCUGCAAGAGUCUGGCUUGGCACAUUCGACACGGCGGAGGCCGCCGCUCGAGCCUACGAUGAAGCUGCUUUAAGAUUCAGAGGAAACAGAGCCAAACUCAACUUCCCGGAAAAUGUCAGGCUUGUACAUCCCCAGCCACAGCCACCAAAUCUCCAAAACUUCAAUUCAGAUUCUGCGCCAACCCAUUUAGCUCCAAUCUUAUCUGCUCAGCCAUUGCAGCCACCACCACAACCCCCACAACAACUUUACCAGCCCCAACCCUUUCAUGGCUCCUCUGACUUUCUCAGAGACUACUUUGACUACUCUCAGUUGCUUCAGAGCUCCACUGACUUCCAUGCACAGCAGCAGCAACAACAACAACAGCCUACAAAUUUGCUGCAGCAAAUGUACUACAAUUCCCAACUGGCUUCACUUCAAUCUUCCUUGUUAAAUCCACCAUCAUCCUCCAGUUCCUCUUCUACAUUGCCAUCCUCUGCUUCUGCCUCUGCUUCAUUUCCUCUGUUCUUCUCUGAUCAGAAUCAGCAACUUAGUUUCUUCCGUCCACCGCGAAAUCAGAUUAAUCCUGGUGGUUCUUCUGAUUUCCCAGCACCAUCUUGGUCACAGUCCGGCAACAACCCAUCCUCUUCCGGUUAA